UACAUUUGGAACCUACACAACCUUAUACAAAUAUGCAGAGGAUGUUAUUGCUGUCUGUUUUCGUAUUACUCGUGGACGGUGUGUUUGAUGCAGAAACCGAUAUAACGAUGUCAGUGAUGGAAGGAGAUUCUGUCACUCUACACACGAAUCUUACUGAAAUACUGAACGAUGACACUUUACUGUGGGUGUUUGGACCUAAAGGCUUUGUCAUAUCUCAAAUAACGAGAAAAAAUGACCUGACCUCUUUUUUCGUCACCGAUGAUGUGAGAUUCAGAGACAGAUUGCAAGUGGACCAAAUAACCGGCUCUCUCACCAUCAGAAACACCAGAAUCAGACACACUGGACAAUAUAAACUAUCUUUCUCUAGAGAAAAGACUACGACUAAGACGUUAAAUGUUACUGUAAUUGGUGUGGUUGGUGAGACGGGUGGAGUGAAGUCAGUAUCAGUGAUGGAGGGAGAUUCUGUCACUCUACAAAAUAAUGUUACUGAAAUACAAAGAGAUGAUCUGAUAGUGUGGAGGUUUGGAGAUAAAGGUGUCCUCCUGGCUAAAAUCGAUGUGGAAACUAACGAGACUUCAUUAAAUGAUGCUGAUGAAAGAUUCAAAGACAGACUGCAGCUGGAUCAGACUGGGUCUCUGAUCAUCAAGAACACCAGAACUGAACACACUGGACUUUAUGAACUACAGAUCAGAGGCCGUGAGAGCUCGCAGCAAUUCCUGGUUUCUGUCAGUGAGUGUACCUUUAAUACCUCAAUCACUGUCUCUCUUCCUGAUCUGGGUCUGUCUCCGGGUGUUAUAGUUGGGAUAGCUGCUGCUGUUCUGCUGUUUUUGACUGCAGUUGUAGCUAUUGUUGUGAAUUACUAUCGCGGCAAGAUCUCUGAACUAAAAAAGCAAGUGGCUGUGACAGUUGAAGAAAAGUCAGUGGCGGACGGAGAUUCUGUCACUUUAGAGACUGAUACUGAGCUACAAAAAGAUGAUAAAAUACAGUGGUGCUAUAAAGAAGACAACAAUCUCAUUGCUGAAAUAAGUCGAGCGACCAGUAAAAAAACAUAUGAUGGUUCUGAUGAGAUAUUCAGAAGCAAACUGGUGCUGGAUGAGAAGACUGGACAUCUCAGCAUCAAUAACAUCAGAAGAAUUCACUCUGGACUCUAUAAACUACAGAUCAGCCGCAAAAACAAAAGAACCGAAUACAAGAAUUUCAUUGUUACUGUCAAAGAUUCCACAGGAAAACAAGUGAAUGAACCAGAGACUGUUGAGAUGUCACUGUUGAAUAGAGAAGAUGUGCAUGAAGUGAAUGAGUGA